UGGUGUGAACUCUCAUGAUGAACUCAGUGGACAACUUCUUCAACAACACGACAACUCAGUUUUACCUACUGCUAACAGGGACUUCUUCUUUACUAUCUGGUAUGCUGAUGUUUCUGGAGUGGCUACACUUUACAAUAUACGGAUUGUCCAUCAUUGAACGACUAGCUGCUUUUGGAAAGGCUUUCCUGCCAUCUUUCCUGGUCCUAAAGAAAGAAAACUCAGCAUCUAAACAGAAGAAGCUUGCUGAUGCUAAACCUAUUAGAAACUCAAUGGCUUUAUUCCGUGGUGCCGAACUGUAUCGUUAUCAAUUAGAAACCAACCGUAAUGUCAUCACUGACUAUGAUUUUGAUCUAAGCACAUCUUACUGUCUCUCAAUAUUCACUCACGAAGGAAUCGGAUUUGAUGAUGAUCCUGCCGAUGUACUCAUGAUAAGUGCAUGGAAGGAGAAAGAUCGUCAGGAGCGUGUAGCCAUUGCUCAUAGUGCUCUGGAAAUGAAUCCAAAUUGUGUCCCUGCAUUAAUACUCCUCGCCGAAGAAGAGGCUCAAAGCAUGCUUGAUGUUGAAGACCUUCUGAAACAAGCUCUGAAAUCGGCAGAGGCUAAUCAUAAAGAUUCAUCAAUUUUAUGUCACAGUGAUCCUGUCUAUAAACCUGUCCAUGAGCGUAAUGCUAACGUGUGUGCAUACUGUAGGUUUAGGCUAGCCGUAUGUGCGAGACGUUUAGGAAAGGUUAAAGAAGCCAUUAAACUCUACCGGGACCUUUUGAAAGACUCGCGUGCUCUGUUUUUGGUUAACAUUUACGAGAACCUAACAGAAUGUCUCUUGGAAUCUCAAAGCUAUUGUGAACUCAAUACCUUUUUGUCAAAGCACGAGGAAUCACUGUUGCACAAGUCUACCUCCCUGAGCUAUACUGUUGCCCUAUUGAAGGCUAAAGCUCUUGGAGAAAAGUUGUCUAUUGAUCCUCGACGUGGCCCAACGCCACCCGAACUUGCAGUCUAUGAUGCUAUUUAUCGUGCAGUUGAACUAAACCCUCAUGUCCCUCGGUAUCUUUUAGAACUAAAACCUUUGAUCCCUCCCUCCGAGCAUAUCGUCAAGAGAGGUGACAGCGAAGCUAUAGGAUAUGCUUUCCAUCACCUUAGUCACUGGAAGAGAAUUGAUGGGUCUUUGGCACUGUUGGCAUCGUCUUGGGAAGCAACGUUUCAAAGGAUUCCAUUUCCCUUGGAACGAGGCAACCAUUUCCCUCCUUAUCCCUCUAAUGUUGAGAUUGUUGAUCGGGAGCUAUUACCACAGCAUCACGAAGUUUCGGUUUUCCCGCAGCGUGAUGCUCCCUUUUUCAUGGUCUUCACAGGUGUGCUGUGUUUCAGUUUUAUGAGUCUCACUGUUAUUGCUUAUCAUUUCCCCCAAGCGAUGACACAGUAUGCCAAAACUGUUACAACUAUUUUUCUUACACUUCUUCAAAAACUCCUUCCCGAAGGGAUCCUAGGUCUUAAUUGAAAAUGGUCAGGACUUUCAGACGAAAAUAAUUUUUUUUGUUUUUAUUUUAAAAUAAAAUUAUAUAAUCAACUA